CAUGUGUCGAAACGAAGGAAUGACGCAUGCACGAUCAUGCACGUGUUUUUCGGUGCCAACUGUGCCAACAACACUGACCAUACAUCACCUGCAACUUACUCGGCUCGAGUAUUUCCGAGGACACCAUGAGAACAUCUCAUCCAGUCUGCUUUGUCUGAUGGCGCAUCACCUGACUUGGUGCCUGGGUUGCCUCAGUGCACUGGUCCAUUCGAAGAACCAGACCGACUCCCUGAAGCUUGUGGACUCCGUGGAUUCUGAGGAUCAGCAGGAUGGGGAAGUUCAGGAACUCAGGUGGGAUGGGGUGGCUGCUUUGGAACAUACGGACCAUGGGGAAGAGCACGAGGAGGAGUGCCGGCAGCACAGGACGAAGAACUUUGCUUGCUUGGGAAGUGGAACAUUCGACUCUCUACCGAAGAGCGCAGCACGACCACAGGUGCCAGAGAUGGGGAAGAUCAUGGGGUGUCACUUGCGCAAUGAGAACUGCAGAGCCGACGCUUUACAAGAGGCGAUCAUAGAGGGCAAUCUCGAGUUGACACGUGAUCUCUUGCAGUCCUCAGCAGAUGUGAACUGCUGCGAUGACGCUUGGGUCACUCCGUUGCAGGAGGCAUGUCGACAGGGCGACCUGGAAAUGGUGGAGCUACUGGUUUCCCAUGGUGCCAGUGUGAACCGCUUGGACCUCUACGGCACCAGUCCGUUGCUCGAAGCCACCCAGCUUCAGCGUGUGGACCUGGUCUCUUACCUCGUCCGCGCGGGCGCCGCUGUGAAUUUGCUGGGCCCGCAGGGGCAAACGCCCUUGCACAUGGCGGCUGAGCGGGGGAGUUCCAGCGUGGUGCGGAUUUUGCUGGAGGCAGAUGCUGAGGUGAUUAAGGACAAUUCAGGUGCAUGGCCGUCCUUGCUGAUGUUUGCAAAUGGUCGCAGAGGUGGAGAACUUGCUGAUUGAGUGUGUGCACAGAGACUGCUCAGUGUCUCCCUGCAACAACACGCAGGAAUGUGCAGUGAGGAACUUGUGCAGUCUCUAUUUGUCAACCAGAAUUCCUUGAUUUUGAUCAAGACAUGUGCUUGUUAGCUGGGAUCCUGCCAGCCAGUGAACCGAACCAGAGAGAGAGAGUCUCAAAAAAAGGUUCCCGGAAGCUUUGGAGACUAGACCGGGA